UAGAAUGUCAUGUCCAAGCAAUUUACUCACAAAUAGAAGGUCGUUUUGUGAAAUUGUAUUAUGUGUUAUCGUCCAAACACUGCCAAUAGCCAGCCUACAACCGAUAAGAGAGUCCGCAUGGGAAACAUCAAUAGGUCCCAGUCCUGUGAAUUAAAUCCACGCCGUGGUUUUCAGCACGCCGUGGCCGAGGCAGGUAGGCUGGCUGUCGUUCGUGUCUGUGUUCAAAUUCAAAACAUGGACUAUGCAUUGAGUCCGGUUCCACUUGCAACAGGUGGUUGCGCUCCUCCGGGUUUUACUUGUACUUAUCACCACUUCUCUUGGAGUUGCCGGAGCUCCCUCGUCUGUUUUGCCCAAUAUCCUCCAACUUGGGUAACGUCUCGCAGCCCCGUGGAGUAGUACACAACUGCAUCCUUUGAAAAAUAUGGCGGGACCACCGCCUAAGCAGCCUUCUGAACUUUCGCGACUAAUUGGAUGUGUCGUUUUAUAGGCAAUUUUAAGGGAGCAUUUGUUGUUUUAAUUACAGAACUCUGUUGGCCAUCUGGAGUUCGUUGAACAUGCCGUUUCACCUACGGGCUGUGGAGCCGCAGCGCGUGUGCAGGUUGAAGGGAAAGCACCGCAGGGCGCCCGGCGAGGAGAGCGCCUUUGUGGUAGUGGACGGGAGGAAAGUUCGGAAGCCCGUUUUGUUUUCGUCCCUGGAGGAUGUUUGUAGCCAAACAUUUACCGGUAUUCUACUUCAACUAUCUGAUCUAUCUCGACACGCAAGCGACAUAUUCCUGGACAUAGAGACCCAGGCUGGAUUGAUCUCGCGAAGAUCCCACCGGAUUCAGCUGCGUCUGGAGGUCCUGCAGGGCACCGUGCGCAGGUCUGACCCCAAGAAGACCAAAAUCCCCGUGUCCAGCCUGGACGAAGAGAGCAAGUGGACGGUGCACUACAGCGCCCCCUGGCACCAGCAGGAGAACGUCUUCCUGCCCGCAUCACGCCCAGCCUGCGUAGAGGACCUGCACCGCCAGGCCAAGGUCAACCUGAAGACUGUGCUGAGAGAAUGUGAUAAGUUGAGGAAAGAUGGCUUCCGUAGCUCCCAGUACUAUUCUCAAGGGCCCAUGUUCUCUGGCCCCGCCCCCGAACAGAACAGCCAACCGGACGACGACGACGACGCUGAUGACAUCGACAGGAAGUCUGCUGCAUCUUCCAUGGAGGAGGAGAAUUCUUUGCAGCCAAUGAGGGCUCAGACACCAGUCCAGGGGGAGGGUCCUGACACAGUCGACGCCCCCAGCUCUACCAAAGGCCCCGCCCUGCCCACCCCCGAGGAGCGAAUGAGGCAGCAGGCCCAAGCCGUCAUCACCGACAUCGUCCCCAUCAACGUCACAGUAAAUCUGAUCGGUGGCCGCGGGCCCAAAAAGGUCAAGAGGAGAAAGACUAUUUCAGGGCUGCCGGACAACAUCCAGCAGGAACUAGCAGCGGUCCCGGGUCGUGGCGGUGAGCUCCGGCCCCAGUCCAUGUUCCUGCCGGGUCAGUACUCUACGCUGGGCCCAUACUCUACGCUGGGUCAGUACUCUACUCCGGGUCAGUACUCUACGCUGGGCCGCUCCGGGAGCGUGAGCUCCGGCCUACGCCGCUCCGACACGCGGGACUCGGGCGUCCAGACCGAGGAGGUGAAGAUCGUGCCGCCCUCUGUGCGGCGGAUCAGAGCCCAGCGGGGUCAGGGCAUCGCAGCGCAGAUGGCCGGAAUGUCCUCACGCGCUUCACGGCAUCUCCGCGCCUCGUGACAUGCCAGCUGUAGCGACAACCGCCCCGCGCACCUCAGCGGCGGCGCUGCCUGCUGGCGCUUCCUCAGCCUGCCGCGCGGCGCUCGCGUUAGCCUCCGCGAGCCGCUCUGCGCACCCACAGGCGGGGACAGGCGCGCCAGCAGCAGCAGCAGCAGCAGCAGCAGGCAGAUCGGGCGGCUGCAGGUGGACGACUCGGCGGUGCACCUGAGGAGCACACCUAGGCCAGGUGCGUUGGGCCGGCCGCGCUCGCAGGAGGUGAGGGGCACGCAGUCGGAGUGGGGUGGGGGGGCCGGGGGCCCCGCGUGUGUGGUGUCUCCUCACGCCGCCUACUCCACCUCCAUCAUCCCCAACGCCACGCUGUCCUGCUCCGCCGAGGUCAUCGCCCUGCACACGGCCCCUAGCAACGCUCACCUGCCGCCCGGCGGGGCGCCCCCUCCAGCAUUGGCGCCCGUCCAACGGAGACGCCAUAGGACGCCCCCUCAGCAUGAUGGCCGCCGCGUCCAACGGAGACGGCCUGGCGCUCAGCUGCUCGGACGUUGCGUCCAGCAUCACCGCUCCGCCAGGCGCUGCGGCAACCCUCACCCCCGGCCCCAAGCGAGGCCCAUUGUCAGACGCCCGCCCGUCCUGAUGAGCGCGGCCGCCUCCGGGGACGAGCACUGGAUCUACGACACGGCCGAGAGCGUGGCGACGCCGCGUCGCCCCCUGACCUCCAGCUGCUCCACCCCCCUGCAGCACCUGCCCAGCAGCUACCGCGCUUCGCCCCUUUCAACACCGCAACGGCUUCCGGGCUCGCUCCACUCCAUGGACACGGACGGCUACUACACGUCCAUGCACCUGGACUCGGGGCUGCGGUCCUCGCGCCAGGGCAGUGGGCACGGGGUGGCGGGCAGAAGGAGCGGGCGGCACAGCAUGUACGAGUGCCUGGGCCAGCCGGGGGACGGUCUCUACGGCGACGGCACGCUCUCGCGUUCAAUCUCGCUCCGCAAGUCCAAGAAGCCGCCUCUCCCGCCGGCUCGGACCGACUCGCUGCGCCGCCGAGCGCCACGUCACGCCAGCGCUGCCCCCGACAACGGUCCGACCGCGGAGGACGACGGACGCGUGGUUCUGAACGAGUCGCUGAUCGCCUCUCUGCAGCAGUCCCUGCAGCUGGGCCUGAAGGGCAAGAUGGCGGCGUCGUCGUCGUCGGCGACCGCCUCCCACAGCCCGUCCAGCGACUACGAGGACCCGUGGAUGCUGCGUCCUCGCAGCCAGAGCAGCGUCAGCGCGGGCAGCAGCGGCCUCUCGGCACUGAGGCGCGUAACGUCCGCCCGCGUCCAUGCCAACGUCUACGCCCUCUGCCACAUCACCCCCGCCCACAGCGACACCAGCAGCCUGCGCUCCGACUACGCCGACUCCUGGGGUUACUACAUGGACUACUCGGACCCGGCCCGGACCGGCCCAGGCAUGAUCCCUGGACACCGCCUUUUACCUGCGCCAGCGGCGGGGAGAGCCUCGGGGAAGCGACCAGGAGAGGGGGCAGCUGACGGAGAUGCCGUCCAUGGCGUCUCCCAGGCCACGCAGCCUCACGGGCAGGGCAGGGGCAGUCAGCGGCAGCAAAACCUCAAGCAGACGCCGUCCGCUUCGUCCCCAGGGCCGGCCUACUCGAGCCAAUCAGCGAAUUUCACGCCGACCGCGGGCACACCCGUGCCCUCCUUCAUGCGCUGCCUGUCGCCCUCGGGCAGCAAGCCUCGGCCACGCAUCCCCGAGAGGAAGUCGUCGCUGCUGUCGUCCGUCUCCAUCUCGUCCUCGUCCACCUCGCUCUCCUCCAACACCUCGGACUCCGCCGCCAGGAACCUCCCGCCCAUGCCACCCCCACCACCCCCUCUACCCUUGACCUUUGACCUUCUGACCCCCGACACCCCCCUCUCCCCACCUCCACCCUUCCCAGCCCCUCCUCCCCCUGUUGCUCAGAUGUCCAUCGCUGCAUCGGCCUCCCCCCCUCUACCCACAACCCCCCUGGCCCCCCCUCUACCCGCAACCCCCCUGGCCUCCCCCGAGUUCCCGCCUCCGCCACCUGAGCUGCUAUUGGACGCCCUGACGCUCAACUCCAGCCUGAGUCCUCCUCCUCCUCCUCCUCCACCUCCUCCUCCUCCUCCUCCCUUCCCCACAGCACCGAUCGAAGUGACCUGCGAGGUCCACACCCGAGGCAACGGCCGGUCCAAACCUCCAGACACCGCAGGGUCCACCCAGACCGCACGCCCUGGACCGCACGCGCCCACGAAGAGCAAGACACCAGCACCGCCCACAGAGUUGCCCCUGGCGACCCGCGCCGCCUCUGAUCAGGACGGGUCCGACACACCGGCCACCCCGGGGCAGAGCCGCUCAGAAGACAGCGGCCCGGUGUGCAACGGUUCUGACCGCGAGGAGGUGCGUCCCUGCGUCCCUAACGGGUCAGCGCUCCCAGCGAAGCAGGAAGAGGAAGAGGCCCAGCCAGCCGCCCCUCCGACAACCAGCCCAGGGGAGAGCCCGAGUCCUGCUCCUGCCCCGACGCAGAAGUCACCGCCACCGAACCCAGCCGAGGAUCUGCCCCCUCAGACCAGCGGGGUGGGCGGCCAGAGUGGGCCAGAGCCGGUGGAGGGGCAGGGAAGUGCAGCAGAGGCCACAGAGAGCGUGAAGCAGGCCGCUGACCCCCUGCCGCCCCCCACCUCUCAGCCCCUGAUGGACUUCGGCUCGGAGACCACCAGCUUCAGGACGAGCGCGUCCAACGGAGACGCGGCGGACGCAGAGCUGGACGCAGAGCUGGAGGACGAGGACGAGGCCAGCAGCACCACGGGAUCCGUCCAGCUCAGAAGGCGACAGCGUUCUGCAGGUGAUGUGUUUGAGCCCAGCUCGGCAGAGUCCUCGCCGUCUCUCAUCGCCAUGGUGACGCCCACCAGACCCCGCACCACGGAGGACCUCUUCGCCGCCAUCCACCGCUCGGGACAGCUGAACAUGAAUGACCCUCGUCACAUGAGGUCCAAGCGGAAAGUCCUGGGACGCCGCGAGUCGGAAGAUGACCGCUCCCGAGGCCACUCCCCCUCCUCCCCCCCGAUGACGCCCACCGCGACAUGACCCCUCCUCCGCCGCCUGCCGCCGCCACGGCAGCAGAGCGCCAUCCAGCGCAACCUGCGCAAGUCGGCCACAAGCAGCGACACGUUCAAGGCUCUGCUGCUGAGGAAGGGCAGCCGGGUUUAUGGGCAGCUUCCGCGCUGUGUCGGCCAGGCUGCUCCACGCACCGACCCAGCGCUGCGGCGCCUGCGCUCACUGGACCUGCGCCGGCCCGGGGCCCACGCCGCGGCUGCGCCCUCGGCCAGCCGCCAGCGGAUGCCAAUCCGCGCCUGCGCCCGGUUCCACCCGAGACCUGGGCCGGGCGGGGGCUGUCGCCUCCGGCCACCCUGCCCUGCGGCUGGGGCGGGGCCGAGGUCUUGA